AUGCCCUCGUCAACCAAACAAGAGGAAGUUUACCAUCCACAAGAUGCCAUCGCUGCCACCGUCAAGACGACGCUGAUUUCCGGCGCCGUCGGCCUCUUCGCCUCCUCGGUACAAAACACCUUGCAAAAACGAAACUAUGGCCCCUGGGGUGUCUUCACGAGAACAGGUGGCACAAUUGCACUAUUCGCCUCUGUGGGCGGUGCGUAUGAAUUUGCCAGAACAGCAGCGGCAAACCUACGAGAGAAGGAAGACCACUGGAACGCUGCGUGGGGAGGAUUUUUCGGCGGAGCAGCUAUUGGAUUGCGCGCCCGAACGUUCCCAGCGGUUCUUGGCUACGGUGUGGCCGUUGCCACUGUUCUUAGUGUAUUCGAAUAUACCGGAGGAAGUCUUGCCGGCAAGGGACACGCUAAUGAGGAGGAUGAAUUUGCCAGACGGGAACGGCUGAGAAAAAAUUAUAGAUCCCCAAUUGAGGAGACAGUUGCCCAGCUUGGUGAAGGCAGAGGUAUCCACGGUGUGAACUAUGAGGAACGACGGCGUCAACGGAUAAAGGAACACUACGGCAUUGAUGUACCUGCGGCACCGCAGCCCGCCGGACCUUAA